ACUUCAGCAAACGACAAGGGCUUUUCUGGAUCUUUGGAGGAGACAGAGGCAGCUUGCUGCACAUACAGCUCUAUGCUCUCCCAGCAGCGCAUCUCCUCCCGGCAUCUACCUGCCAGGCACCCAAUACAGAGACAUCAAGGGCGAGUACGACAUCGGCCAAGUGAUACAAAGAGGGAGCUGAGCUGGACAGGGUGCAGCCCAGUGUGAGGAUCCUGUCUGAGAGAUAUUGAAUGAACAUCACAAUCAUAUGGAGCCAUCAAAAGCAUGAACUGACUUGUAGUACAAUCUAAAGCUGCAGCUUCCACCACAUCUGAGAAUCUCUGGAGUGAGGUGCUAAAGAACUGAAAAACGAAAUAGCAAUGUCUCUGUGCAACAAUGGUGCAAGGAUUCCUUCGCCACAGGAAACUGUUAAUGGCUUCCCACAAGCCAGUGCUUCGGGCACUUGGCAUAAGCCUGAGGAGGAAGCAAAGACCACCGAACCAAGUCUUGUUAAGAAGGCCCACCGAGAAAUCUUGGACCAUGAACGAAAGAGACGAGUAGAACUUAAGUGCAUGGAGCUGCAGGAAAUGAUGGAGGAGCAGGGUUACUCAGAGGAGGAAACUCUCCAGAAAGUGGGAACAUUUCGGCAGAUGCUCAUGGAGAAAGAAGGUGUGCUGACGAGGCAAGAUCAACAUGGGCGUCAUAUAAUAAUUGAAAACCAUUAUGUAGUUCCUGGAGAAGAGUGUGUUACGGAGUAUUCAAUGUAUGGGGAGGGCUACACGCUGGAGUGUGACUGUCACAGUGAUUGGUACCGAGAUGACAGUAGCCACAGGGAUUACAGGACUAAAACAAGACUGAGCAGCUCAAUCUCACCUCCGCCGAAGAAAAGAAAAAAGAAGAAAUCAGGCCACAAAAGGAGCCGUUGUGAUAGUUCAUCACCGGUACGGAAAGAGAAAAAAAAGAAAAGUGGAAAGAAGCACAAAAGAGACAGAUCAGAUUCGGGGUCCAGAAAGAAGCGGAGACACAGAUCCAGAAGCCUCAAAAACAAAAGGAAAGAAAAAAGUAAAGAUAGAAAAAGAUCUCACAGUGGAUCAACAGCCAGAAGGCUCCAUGCACAAAGUAGCUGUAGUUCUCAUAGUGCGUCUCCUUCAUCUCACUACAGCACCUCCAAGUCACCAAACAGACAAAGUCCCAAGCACAGACAGGAUGGCCGCAAACCUUCUAGCGACCGGUCUAGUCGCAGUCCAUCUUCUUCCUGCACUGGCCACAGCCGAUCUGCCACGCCACACCAGAAUGGACACAAGAGUGGCACUCAUAACGGGCACCACAGCCAAGGGCAGGGCACCCUUGUUGAAAAACAUUUGGAUCGAUUUAGUUCGAUAUCUUCUUCUCCAAGGACACAUGCAAAAGUGGCGACUUCGCCAACACGCCAUAAGGGCAACAACCGGCAUGAUGCCAGAAGUCCAAGAUCUGUAUCAUCUAGUAAGGGGGGCCGAUGUUCAUCCAAUGAGAAACGCCAUCAUCAUUCCAGGUCCUCAUCGGAAAGGCGUCAUGGAAGAUCUAGAGGACGGAACAAGACACAUAAGGAUUCAUCUGUACACUCAGGAAGUCACACAGGUUACAGCAGUGAUUCUGAAGGAUCAGUAUUGUCCCAAGGAGCAGGAACGGAGAAGAACCAUUGCACAUCAGCAAAGAAGAUAAAAAACAGACAUCGCCGUGGUAGACAAAAUAGUUGUUCUGAGUCUUCGGUCAAGCGUUCCCGACAGAGCACAGAUAGAAAGAAGAGUCCAACAAGGAGCACAGGAAACAGGGAUAGUUCUUGGAGCUCAAGCCAAUCCCAAUCUCGUUCAAGAUCACGUGAAAAGCGGUCCGCAAGGAGCAGAUCUCGCUCUGUCUCACAGAAAAAGAAUCCUAACAGAGAUAAAGAUGGUGAUGCACGGACACGUCAUAAUGACACAGAAGCAGCCCGGCCUAGACGCCGCUCCAGAAGUUACUCACCUAUACGGAAAAGGAGACGGGAUUCUCCCAGCUUUAUGGAACCUAGAAGAAUUACAAGUGCCCGAAAACGCCCAAUUCCUUAUUACCGGCCAAGUCCAUCUUCUUCCAGCUCUUUGAGCAGCUGCUCACACAGUCGGAGUCGAAGUCGAAGUUAUGACAGCUACAGCAGCUACAGUCGCAGUCGGACUCGGAGUCGUUCCCCCAGCCAUAGUCGAAGUCCCAGCUACAGAAGUAGUUCAGAGAGAUCUGGAUUUUAAUCCCCUGUAAAUGAAAUAUCUCCUCCCUUAUCACAUUUGCUUCCUAAAUUCAAUUGGGAUGCAUCUCAAGAAAAAUCAGGAGGUUGAAAUGUGAAAUAAUUCGAUAUAUGUAUAUUCCGAAGUUUCGCAAGCAUUACAGUCCACUGUAACACAACGAUAGAAACUUUCUGUAGCAAGCGUUAUAAAACAUUAAUCAAGUCAAAGGCAAACAUACAAUUUGAAAGACUCCCAUCCAUGACACAAGGAGACUUAUGUAGUCUUUUAACACACAUCCGCCUGAUACUAUAUGGCAAAAAGCACAGCAGCCCACUUGAUCAUCAUUUCAAUGCUAUGAAGAAGUGACAUGUUUUAUAAUGUCAGCAAAUUCACAAAGACUGUAUUUUCCUAAGAUAUUUGAUCAACGUAUAAGCAUUAUAACUAUGGUAGUGAAUUGGCUCUCAUUUAUUUAUUUAUUUAUUUGUGGUGAUUUAGAACUUUUACAAACAAUAUGUUUGCGAAGAUUCAAUUUGCUUCUUUUUUGAUGGACAUUUUUGGCUAGUAGAGGAUUGAUCCAAAUGUAUUCAGUAAGGUUGAUACCGUCAAACUGAUCUUCGGACAACCUCCAAACCAGCGAAGGCUGGGUACAUAGCGACAUUCCUGCUUGAGCACAAAUAAUUGUAGUAGAAUGACUGGUUGAUGGAUCUGUAUUAAAGGAAAAUACUAAAAUGCAGGCCUGUCACGGUAUUCUCUGAAAAGGUAAUAUACAAGAUGCUACUGUGAAGUGCAACUCUGUAUCGUUAGCUAGAGGCUCACUUCUAUUUUCCAAGUUAUGGCCCCAGUGUCUUAGUUAGUUAUGUAAAAAUUUUACUGUCCACCGUAUCUCAUGAGUCAAGCAUUUACAGUAAAUCCACAACCAAAACUAAAUUUACAUUAGUAUUCUGAUCAUCACUGCAUAACGUAUGUGAGCCCUUAUUUACCAGAUAUCAGAUAACAAAAAAAAUCGUUAUGAUUUUAUAAAAAAGUGCACAGUUUACUCAUGUUUUUUUCCCAUCAAAGUACAUCUUUCAAUACCACAUAUAUCAAAACAGAUCUGAAACCAUAAUUGGAAAACAGUUUAAAAUACCAUAGAUUCUUGAAGCUUUCAAGAUAAUAUUAAAUAAUGAAUUGAUCAAGCCUACAUCUAAAUGGAAACAUGUUUAAAUUGCUUUACAAAUAAAUGUUCAUGUCAAGAUGAAAUAUAUAAGUAGUUUUAAAAAAUACCAUAUAUAUAUAUAUAUAAAUUCCCUGUUUAUUUCCAAUGCAUGGCGCUUCAAUAUAUUAUCUACAGUACUUGCCAUUUAUGACUCACCAAUAUUAUGAUUAAUCCAUUAUUAUUGGUAAUUUAAUCUGAUGUUUAACAAUUCAAUUAUUCCUAGACUUUCACAUUGUUACUGAUCACAACUGUAUCCAAAGAAAAUAGACCUAAUUUAAGACCUGAUUAACUCAUUUUAGGAUUUUGGAAAGUACCAUAAUCCUUUUCAAUAAUUAUGUUCUGGAUUUUAGGUAAUCAUCAGAGAAACAUGUAUAACUGUAUGUGUUUUAUUUGCCAGUGGGCCACAUUCAAAAAUGUCAUCAACGCAACAACUUUAAUUCUGUAGAAUAGCCUGUGAUAAUAUUUCUUUAGGAGCCAUCGUUGUCUAAUUCUUAUGAAGAUAAGGACUUUGCAACAUGAAAAUGGAAAAAUAUGUCACAGGAUGUUGUCUAUAUUUUCUAUGUAUUAAUCUUUUUAUGGUUGAAUUACUUUUUAUUGUAUUUAUUUAUAAUAUAUUAUUUAUUGGUUUUUAUUUAUGAUUAGUUAUUUUUUCAUGUUGAGUGAGCAUUAGAAAGAGAUAAUGAACACAAUGAAAAAAGCCUGACUACAAUUUCAGGCUUGACCAUGUACUGCAAAUCAUUGUUUAGUGCUGGAACUACCACUUGGAUUCUCUUCUAAAGAAUCUCAAAAACUGUACAUUAAAAAGGGAAUUUUAAGAUGGAAUUUAAGUAAUUAAUCAUUACUGAGAAAGAAGUUCUUAUUUUUCUGUAAAGUACAGUAUUUAUUUUGCUUUUUUCCUAAUGUCAUAUUUAAAGCCACAACGGACAAAAAGACACAGGUUUGUUAAAGCACUCAGCCGCAGAUCAAUAAUGGGUCAAAUCUUGUACCUGCUGGAAGUAGGUAUUAGAUGAACCAGUCCAUGUGCAAAGGAACCUUACAAAAUAACCAAUGACUUGGCUUAAAGCUACAAAGUCAAAAUUGAAUAUUUAUUAUAGAUGAAUAUCAUAUACCACCAAGAAACAAAAAAAAAAUGUGAGCUUUUUUUUUUUUUUUUGCUUUAAGAAAGCUGCACUGUAGAAGCAUAUUAUUCAAACUUUGGGAGUAGUGGGAAAGAUUCAGUGUUUAUUUUGGAUGUCAUAGAAUACUUUAUAUGUUGUAUAGAUUCACAAAAAUAUAUUCCAUUGUAUAAGUUGAUCUUUGACUGCUGAUCAAUACUAGUUUUACCUUUUGGACGAGUUGCCUUGUAGCUGAAAAAGCAAACAAAAACAUAUUAUGAAAUUCUUGCUGAAGGCAAAUUUUGGACAAAUUAGUACUACCUUCCCUACAACACAUUUUGCUCUGAUAUGAGUUUAAAAAAUGUGCCCUUGAUCUAUUAUAAAAAAGGAAGAUUAUUAAGAAAUGCAACAUUUACACUUGUUCAAAUUGACCUAUUCCAUAUUUAAAUAUAUAUAUAUUAUAUCUUUGCUGCAAUGUCAACGCAGUCCAUGUACAACUACAGUACAUGUCAUGGCUAAUCAAAUGUUUGCCAGUAAAGGUUAGCUUUGAUUGGUAUGUAUAGUUUACAUUAUUUGAAUCUUAUCCAACUACUUGUAUUAGUAUCUGUCAUACAGUCCUAAACAGACUGAAUGUGUUGUAAUAUUGGCAUUUCCCAUAAACUCCUCCAUGUUUUAA